AUGUGUUUUACUAACCAACUACUUUAUAUUCUAGCACCUCAGUUCAAACUGUGCACAAGAGAUGAAAAGCUCACAUCUUGUUUGGAGGAGGCCUUUGUCGUGGCAAUUCAUCAACUAGCUCCAGGUCUUCCAGAAUUUGGCAUACCGUCCUUGGACCCAUUGCAUUUACCGGAAAUUGGAGUGGGAGACGAAACUUCAAAUUCCCCUGUCAACUUGCGAAUACACUUGACAGAUAUUCUAGUUCACAAUCUCAAGACCGCGAAACCUUCAAACACAAAGGCAGAUCUAGAUAAUUACCAAUUAUCAACUCAUGGAAUUGUGAACCUGUUAGGCGUGGAAGCUGACUAUGUGAUGGAUGGCCGAAUUUUGCUACUACCUGCAAAAGGCAAAGGAAGAGUUUCAUUUAACGUCAGUCCCCCUAUCAAUAAACUCAUCAACGAAAACUGGCAGGAAAUUUGGUCUCAGGUGCAGCUUCCUUUGCAAGAACUUUUGCAAUACACCUUCAAGGAAUUUUCGCGACGCAUUUUCGACAAGGUUCCCAUGGACGACGUCUUCCUGCGAAAAACACGCUGAAUCUUUUAAAUUGUGAUCUUGAUUCUGUCAUCCGCUAAUGCAGUCCAUUCUGUCAGACAGUCUAUUUUAGGAUUGUUUGGCUGUGGUCAAUCAUACUGUGAUACAAACCCAUCAAAAUACAUGACAAUAAAGAAACUUUAUCAAUCGAAAU